AUGUCCACUUCCGACCUCGAUAAGGGUGGAGUCCAGCAUAUUGAACGCACCGUUUCCGAGGAUCUCAACGAUGCUCAAAUCGCGGAAUUCACUCCCCAGGAGCAAAAGAAGAUCAUUCAUCGUAUUGAUCGACGACUCGUCACUACCCUUGGCAUACUAUACGCGUGCAGUUUGAUGGAUAGAACAAACUUAGGCGCUGCCAACAUUGCUGGAAUGGCAAAGGGUUUAGAUUUGAUAGGCGCGAGAUACAGUCUCAUCGUGCUCAUCUUCUUCAUCCCAUAUGUCCUCUUCCAACCCCCUGCAACCGUUGUGCUGCGCAAAGUUGGACCUCGCAGAUUCCUGUCGGCAAUCACCCUUCUCUGGGGUGGCUGCAUGAUCGGAUUUGGGUUCGUUAAGAAGUGGGAUCAGAUGCUCGGUCUUCGUGUCAUACUUGGUGUUCUCGAAGCUGGUUUCUUCCCUGGCUGUGCAUACCUCCUGUCCACUUGGUACACUCGAUUCGAACUACAGAAACGAAAUGCAGUGUUCUAUCUCAUUGGGAGUAUGGCAUCUGCCAUCUCUGGCAUUCUCGCCUACGGCAUCAUGCAGAUGAACGGGCUCGGUGGCCUCGCCGGAUGGCGCUGGAUCUUCAUCAUGGAAGGUCUCAUCACCUGCGUUUUUGGCGUCGCAGGUUAUUUCCUCAUCGUCGACUUCCCCGAAUACGCAGCCAAGUCAUGGCAUUUCCUCAACGCCCGCGAAUCAGCCUUCAUCGUCGCACGCAUUGAAAAGGAUCGCCACGAUGCUAUCCCAGAACCCUUCCACAUCACCAGCUACCUCAAAAACGCCCUCGACUCCAAAGUCUGGGCCUUCGCCUCUCUUUUCGGCCUCACCACGACCAACACCUACGCAAUCGCUUACUUCCUCCCCGUCAUUCUCCGCGAGGGAAUGGGCUUCUCUAUCGCAGAAGCUCAAUGCCUUGUUGCUCCUCCUUAUGUGGCUGCCGCGUUCGUCAUGUACGGCUGCGCCGUCCUAGGAGAUAAAUACCACAUCCGCGGCCCUAUCGUAGCAUUCAACGCCAUCCUCGGCCUGAUCGGGCUCCCUCUUCUCGGAUAUGCACACAAUAACGGCGUGCGUUAUUUCGGCGUCUUCCUCGCUACCAUAGCAGGCAACGCGAAUGUCCCGGCUGUCCUCACCUACCAAGCAAAUAACAUCAGAGGGCAGUGGAAGAGAGCCCUUUGCUCGGCUACCCUGGUGGGUUUUGGUGGUAUUGGCGGGAUUGUGGGAUCAACGGUGUUUAGGGAGCAGGAUGCGCCCAAGUAUGGACCGGGGAUUAUGACGGUUAUGAUUGCUAAUGCGCUUAUUUUGGUUAUUACGGCGCUGUUGAGUAUUAAGUUCCACUUUGCUAAUAAGAGAGCGGAGAGAGGUGGUAAGGUUAUCGAGGGGCAGGCGGGCUUUAGGUAUACUUUGUAA